AUGGCUUUUCUUGAGGUGAAGAUUCUUUUGUCUUGUGUUUUUCUGAUAUACACCAACGUGGAAGCGGGUCGAUUGCGAAAGGUAAGACAAGUGCAAAAAUUGUUCAUAAUUUUCUGUAGCUCAAUGAUAAAGUGUCAGAUUGCGAAAACAGAAGGUUCAUGGUUCGAUUCCCCGUUGGAGGUUAGAUUUUUUUCUUUGUCCCUCAAUUGUUAGAAUUUAAUACUCGUAUGGUUGAAAUUAUAAGAUCCUCGCAGCUAAGAACACUACUGAAACGAGUAGUUGUAAAUAGGACCUGAAUAAAAUUCACAUAUUUGCACUGCGGUGGAGAGAUGAAAUUAUAAGAUCCUCGCAGCUAAGAACACUACUGAAACCCUGAAAAAAUUCAGGCCCGUACCCCAUGACCUCUGCGAUACCGGUGCAGCGCUCUACCAAUUGAGCUAACAAGCCAACUGGGAGCUGGUCAAUGAAUUGGGUACAAAUAAACAUCCAAGUGAAUGAAGAUUUUAGAUAUAUGAAAAUUCACAUAUUUGCACUGCGGUGGAGAGAUGAAAUUAUAAGAUCUUCGCAGCUAAUUAUAAGAUCCUCGCAGAUAUGUGAAUUUUCAUAUAUCUAAAAUCUUCAUUCACUUGGAUGUUUAUUUGUACCCAAUUCAUUGACCAGCCCCCAGUUGGCUUGUUAGCUCAAUUGGUAGAGCGCUGCACCGGUAUCGCAGAGGUCAUGGGUUCAAAUCCCGUACGGGCCUGAAUUUUUUUCCGGUCCUAUUUACAACUACUCGUUUCAGUAGUGUUCUUAGCUGCGAGGAUCUUAUAAUUUCAUCUCUCCACCGCAGUGCAAAUAUGUGAAUUUUCAUAUAUCUAAAACUCGUAUAGUUUUUCAUUGACGAUCCAGCUUUCAUUUCAUCACCUUUCUUUAAUAACUUAUGUCCUUCAUUCCCUCAGCAAGAGGACGUUCACUCUUGAUUUCAGGCAUUUCUAUCUGUUUCCACCAUUCUAUCACAGACAGUUUUUGCUAUCUUUCAUAAUCAAGUUCAACAGUCUCGCAUUUGUUUCAAAAAUAAAUGCUUGGUCUAAAUCUUUUUCAAAAGAGAAUUUGAAAACGGGAGUCAUAAGUCGUAGGAAUCCUAUAGUCUUUAGAAAAUUGAGUUGUAGUCAAGUACCCGCAAGUGUGGGUAAGAAAGUUUCAUAUUCUACAGUGUAAAACUGAUACUCGUUUCUUUAUCUUAUUGUAGGACUAUUAUCAGCCUCUGGCUCACAUCGAAGCCACCGAGAGAAGAGUAACUAACUACGGCAAUGGGCAAGGUCGGUUGGCCAAGGUUGUUUCAAUCUUUUCUUAUUGCUUCAACGGCUUUCUCAGUUUUACUAAUAUUCAACUCGAAAAUUUCCUUACAGCGAUUACAGACUGGGAUGCGGGAAAUGUGCACAGCCAUCUCGAGGACGGCAUGACGUACAGUCAUGGACGUCUGACUGUGCCUCGAGAUGGAGAAUAUUAUGUCUACGCACAACUGUACUUUCGCAGCAGCGGGAGAGUGCUGAUUCUCAAGAAUCACCACGAAGUUAUCACCAUGCUUCAACAUUCCCACAACGUACCAGAAGGACCCCACUAUGCAGGGGGAGCGUUUUAUCUUGAGGCUGGUGACACCAUAGCGUUACAAACCGCGACACCUGUCACACUUUACAUGGCGACUGCUCACUCUUACUUUGGAGCGUUUCUGCUUAAGUGA